AUGGACAUAUAUCUUGUGGAUGCUGCAAGUGAAGGAGCACUAUCUGAAAAGACCCCAACUGCUGCCCAGGAGCUGAUAUCCAAAAUGGCCCAAAAUGCACAGCAAUUCGGCACAAGAAUGAACACUCCUACAAGAGGCAUCAAUGAAAUUAGUGCUGCAGCAACCAAUGACCAGCAAAGAAUAGAGAACAAGUUGGAGGAGUUGGCUUCCAUGGUUAGACAAUUGGCAUUGGAGAGGAAACAACCACAGCAGCAGUUGUGUGGAAUAUGUUCCCUACCCUCUCACCCCACAGACCAAUGUCCCCAACUACAAGAGAACACUGAAUUUGUUGCUGGCAUCUUUCCUGCCACAUAUAAUCCUGGAUGGAGGGAUCACCCAAAUUUCAGAUAUGGAGGGUCUUCAAAUCAGCCAUUCCAGCAGCACAAUCCAUACCAGACUCACGACUUACAGCAGCAACAAUUUCAGCAGCCACAAAGAUUCAAUCAUCAUCAAGGUUCAAGUUCCAGCAACCAUGCCCCACCCAGGCCAAAUCAAACUAUGCAGCCCGCACAACCACCACCCAAAUCGGAACCUAGCUUGGAUGAUCUUGUCAAGCAACUAGCAGCCAACACACUCCAAUUCCAACAGAGAACAGAGACUACUAUUCAGAAUUUGGAGACACAAAUUGGGCAGCUAGCUUCCAACAUAAAUGAGCUAAGGAGUCAAGGUUCUGGCCAAAUACCCUCUCAACCUGUCACCAAUCCAAGAAGUAAUAUGAGUGCCAUCACCCUUAGAAGUGGUAAAGAAGUAGCUGGUCCAACAAGCGAACAAUUAGAAAAUCAGAAAGAAGAUGCUGGUAGUAGAAAGCAAGAUCAGCCCACUCCAAUACAAGAAGGCAUCCAACCCACCAGCAAUGAAUCCGAACAGAGAGAAGCUUCCAUCAGCCAACCGCUGCCCUUCCCAUAUAGAGUCACCCAAAGCAUGAAGAGGGCAGAAGCUGAAUUAGAUAAAGAAAUUAUGGAAACAUUCCAGAAAUUUGAAGUCAACAUCCCUCUCCUUGAAGCCAUUAGUAAUGAGAGCGAUCCAUGUGAUGUGUGUUCUGAGAUUGCUGCAUUUCUAGAUAAUCAUGAUUCUGAAGUUGAAAAUGAGCAUGCACAUUCUGAUCUUCAUGGCUCCCCCAUAGAGGAUAUUGUUUCUACUAACCUUGCUGCCAUUGAAUUAGAGCCAAACAGCUGGACAUUGGCAGACAUACCUGGGAUUAGCCCUUCCAUAUGCAUGCAUAAGAUUCAUCUAGAGGAAGGAGCUAAACCUGUGAGACAGCCCCAGAGAAGACUCAACCCCACCAUCCUGGAUGUGGUAAAGAAAGAGGUAGUUCCCAAGAAGAUGGGCAUCACAGUGGUGCCUAAUGAGAGGAAUGAGCUUGUUCCGAUGCGAGUACAAAAUAGUUGGAGAGUGUGCAUUGAUUACAGGAGACUCAACCUCGCCACGAAGAAGGAUCACUUCCCUCUCCCAUUUAUUGACCAAAUGUUGGAGCGGCUGGUAGGUAAGUCACACUAUUGUUUUCUUGAUGGCUUCUCUGGAUAUUUUCAAAUUUGCGUAGCACCGGAGGAUCAGGAAAAGACCACCUUCACCUGCCCCUUCGGCACAUUUGCCUAUAGGAGGAUGCCAUUUGGUCUUUGCAACGCUCCAGGUACAUUUCAGAGGUGCAUGGUAAGUAUCUUCUUCGACCUUCUUAAGCAUUGCAUGGAGGUGUUCAUGGACGAUUUCUCUGUGUAUGGGACCUCCUUUGAUGACUGCCUAGUUUGUUUGGGUCGAGUGUUGGAGAGGUGCAUUGAAAAGAAUCUUGUGCUGAAUUAUGAAAAAUGCCACUUCAUGGUAGAGCAGGGGAUUGUCUUGGGGCAUGUAGUGUCCAAGAGGGGUAUAGAGGUUGAUAAGUCUAAGGUCGAUAUCAUUUCUUCUCUACCUUACCCCACCUCUGUGCGGGAGAUUCAUUCUUUUCUUGGACAUGCAAGAUUCUACAAGAGGUUUAUCCAGGAUUUCAGCAAGAUUGCCCAUCCCUUGUCCAACCUACUCCAAAAGGAUGUGGAUUUCCAGUUUGACGAACAUUGCAAGCAGGCAUUUGAUGAGUUGAAGAGAUGCCUGACUUCCCCACCUAUCAUACAGCCACCCAAUUGGGACUUGCCAUUCGAGCUCAUGUGUGAUGCUUCCAAUUAUGCAGUUGGUGCCGUUCUUUCACAACGAGUGGAGAAGAAGUCACAUGUUUGGCAUUCCCCGAGUGAUCAUCAGUGA